AUGGUCCUUCAGGAUCUCGGGCGGCGUAUCAACGCCGCCGUCAAUGACCUAACUAGGUCCAACAAUCUAGACGAGAAGGCUUUUGAUGACAUGUUGAAAGAGAUCUGCGCUGCACUAUUAUCAGCCGACGUAAACGUUCGUCUCGUCCAGUCACUCCGGAAAUCUAUCAACGUCUUCGACGAAUUGGUUGCUCUGGUCAAUCCACAUGCAGAGCCGUUCCGACCCAAGAAGGGCCGGUCUAAUGUGAUUAUGUUCGUUGGUUUACAGGGUGCCGGUAAGACGACAACCUGUACCAAGUUAGCUAGACAUUAUCAGAUGCGAGGCUUCAAAACGGCCCUUGUCUGUGCGGAUACCUUCCGUGCCGGUGCGUUCGAUCAGUUGAAACAGAAUGCGACAAAGGCCAAGAUCCCUUAUUAUGGAAGUUUGACACAGACCGACCCCGCAGUGGUGGCGGCUGAGGGUGUGGCCAAGUUCAAGAAGGAGCGGUUUGAGAUUAUCAUCGUGGAUACCAGCGGUCGUCACAAGCAGGAGGAGGAACUUUUCACGGAAAUGACCCAGAUUCAGACUGCUGUAACCCCGGACCAGACUAUCUUGGUUCUCGACAGUACGAUUGGUCAGGCGGCUGAAGCUCAGUCGGCAGCCUUCAAGGCAACGGCUGAUUUUGGUGCCAUCAUUAUCACGAAGACGGACGGCCAUGCUGCUGGAGGUGGUGCUAUUUCCGCGGUAGCAGCUACACAUACUCCCAUCAUCUUCCUCGGCACGGGUGAACAUAUGAUGGAUCUUGAACGGUUCGAGCCGAAAGCUUUCAUCCAGAAGCUUCUGGGCAUGGGUGAUAUGGCAGGAUUGGUCGAACACGUUCAAGCCGUGACCAAGGACUCAGCAGCAGCCAAGGAGACGUACAAGCACAUCGCUGAAGGUAUUUAUACGGUGCGCGAUUUCCGAGAGAACAUUUCCUCGAUCAUGAAAAUGGGCCCCCUGUCAAAACUUUCUGGCAUGAUCCCUGGCUUGUCCAACCUCACUGCUGGGCUGGAUGACGAAGAUGGCUCGCUUAAACUCCGUCGCAUGAUCUACAUCUUUGAUAGUAUGACAACAGCGGAGCUUGACAGUGAUGGAAAGGUUUUCGUGGAGCAGCCCAGCCGUAUGGUGCGCAUCGCUUGUGGUAGCGGCACGACCGUGCGUGAGGUCGAGGACCUGCUGUCGCAGCACCGCAUGAUGGCGGGUAUGGCCAAGCGCGUUGGUGGGCAGAAGAAGCAGAUGCAACGAGCCCAGAACAUGCUCAAGGGUGGCAACAAAGAACAACAGCUCGCCGCGAUGCAGAAACGCAUGGCCUCCAUGGGCGGCGCAGGUGGCGCAGGUUUCCCUGGCAUGCCCGGUAUGGGCGAUAUGGCCAAGAUGAUGCAGAUGCUUCAGGGACAAGGCGGCGGUGGUGGUCUGCCAGGCCUCGGAGGUAUGGAUCUACAGGGAAUGAUGAGUCAAAUGAGCGGAUUGAUGGGCGGAGGAGGACGCGGUAGAGGACGGUGA